AUGGAGACCAGAAGUCCAGGUUUCACAGCAGCAGCCUCCCUCGUGUCUUUGGCUUGGGCCUUGGCCUCUUACCAGAAGGCCCUCCGGGACUCUCGAGAUGACAAGAAGCCCAUCAGCUACAUGGCUGUUGUCAUCCAGUUCUGCUGGCACUUCUUCACCAUCGCUGCCAGGGUCAUCACCUUCGCUCUCUUUGCCUCGGUUUUCCAGCUGUACUUUGGGAUCUUCAUCGUCCUUCACUGGUGCAUCAUGACCUUCUGGAUCGUCCACUGUGAGACAGAAUUCUGUAUCACCAAAUGGGAGGAGAUCGUCUUCGACAUGGUGGUGGGCAUCAUCUAUAUCUUCAGCUGGUUCAAUGUCAAGGAAGGCAGGACACGCUGCAGGCUCUUCAUCUACUAUUUUGUCAUUCUUCUGGAAAACACAGCCCUGAGUGCCCUCUGGUACCUCUACAAGGCUCCCCAGAUUGCAGAUGCGUUUGCCAUCCCAGCGCUGUGUGUGGUGUUCAGCAGUUUCUUGACUGGCGUUGUUUUUAUGCUGAUGUAUUAUGCCUUCUUUCACCCCAACGGACCCAGAUUCGGGCAGUCACCGAGCUGCGCUUGUGAGGACCCGGUCGCUCCCUUCACUCUGCCUCCAGAAGCGGCCACAAGCACCCUCCGGUCCAUCUCCAACAACCGCAGUGUCGUCAGUGACCGUGACCAGAAAUUUGCAGAGCGGGAUGGGUGCGUGCCCGUCUUUCAGGUGAGGCCCACUGCCCCAUCCACCCCAUCAUCCCGCCCACCACGGAUUGAAGAAUCUGUCAUUAAAAUUGACCUGUUCAGGAAUAGGUACCCAGCGUGGGAGAGACAUGUGUUGGACCGAAGCCUCCGGAAGGCCAUUUUAGCCUUUGAAUGUUCCCCGUCUCCUCCAAGGCUGCAGUACAAAGAUGAUGCCCUCAUUCAGGAGCGGCUGGAGUACGAAACCACUUUGUGAAACAAAAGGACUUGGAGGAGCCACAACCUCCAGAUGAAGGGGUGACAGCAGGGCUGUGGCAAUAAUGAAACUUCAUCCUAGAGUGGGGCAACGAGCUGUAACGUUUAGUCUGACCGUCGUCAUGAUUGCUGUGUGACCCUCCAUCAGCUGACUGCCUGCGGCUGGUCUCCUUUCAAAAUAGCAGCCCCGAGAGUCUCCUGCUCCACCUGAAGGGAACGUGCCAGCUUAGCAGGACUCCUUGUUGCUACCGACCUCCUGCGCAGUCUUUCAGCUCAUCCACCAGAGGGUACUAUUAUAAUGGAAAAUGUUGCCUCCAAUCAAUAGGGUGUUUUGAUGGGAUUAACUGAUCUUUGCAUAGAAAUAUAUUCAGUCAUUCACACACACAUACACACACACACACACACGUACACACACACAACGCCAGUCCUCUGUCAAAAUAGGUUAGGUGAUUUUUCUUGAUGCAAACCUCUGAUUCCCACAGGAAUAUAAAUAAAAACAAAGAGAGAAUAUAUCCCUCAAGACUCCAGAAAAACAAAUAGUACUGCUUAGAAAAAAAUUCAUAAACCAUUUUCUCAUUGGGAAACCAAUACCAUGCGUGAAAAGCCUAUCCAAUGGACAGCAAACUCAAGUGUGUUUACACGUGUAUUAGAAUUGAUGGAUUGGUUGUUUUUGACACAUUUCAGGAUUUGUUUUUUAUUUUAAAUUUUCAGUUGAGAACAUGACAGAAAUCCUAUGCAGCACGUGUGUGGCUUUUGACAAGACCAAGGAGCUCGAUAACUUAGUGAUGUAAACUAAAUGAUAAUCAUGAUUCAGUAUUCAACAGCAAAAAUUUAAUAAAUACACAAAGAAGAAGUGGGGGGAGAAGGCAAAAUGAGCAUCUGAUUUCCCGGCCUGUGCAGCUCACAUUGGAACGCAAGGGCAGAGCGGCGGGAGAGGAACCGGCUGGAACUGGAUGCUGCAGGCCGCCGAACGCGCGGCUCUGCGAUCACAGGCGGGCGCGAUUCCAGAACCCGCCACGCCACACCUUUCUAGUGCCAAACACCGUCCAACCGCGGGGCUGACACGCAAGCCCUGAACGACUGAGAACGAGCGGCGUGAGCCCCAAGAAAGCAAAAGCGAGCAUGAGCAGUCACGUUCUCCACUGUGUACAGACCCCCUCCCCCGCCCCCCCGUCCCCCGCUCCAAGGUCAAAGUGAUGUGUCUUUUAGAGGCUUUGGGACACCUUUUAGUAAGUAUGAGCAGACAAAUGGUGAAUAUGCUAUGAGAAAACCCUUCUGACUGACGGAAGGCUUGCCACUAGAUCCAGCUAAGAUUUGUAUUUGAAUCAUUUGUAAAGUCACUCUUACAACAAGCUUCUGGGUUUUAAAUACCUCCGUACAGCAAGUAAACGUUCCCCGCUUUCUGUUCCCGGUGUCCUCGGUCAUGGUGCUUUUUUGUUGCAUUAAAAGUGCCGGUCAAACUUUGAUAGUAUUUUUUUAUAGUUGGUGCAGAGUGGAAUAACUCAUGGAUUAUUUCAAUAUUUUUGUAAUAAAAAAUAUAGGGUAUACAUAUAGGCAUCAUCACUUUUUUUAUAGACCUGGAAUCGUUUAAAAUACUUUAAGCAUCAUAAUUACUUGGGAUGUCAGAAACUGGUCCACAAAUUCCAUCAGCCUGCCUCGGCAGAUUAAGAACAUUUGUCUCUUGCAAGAUCACCCUACUUUGCAAUGUUGGUGCCCCCAGGAACCUGGCCAGGGGUGCUAUCAGAAUAUCAGGUGACGAGAGAAUCAGCUUAACUAGAAAGGGCUUGUCAAGACUGGCCAAUGUUUCCCAGGAAAUCAAAGAUGUAAAUGAUUACUUUCAUCCGUCCAUUAUGACAAACCUGACCACAGUGGAAGAUGUCUUAAACUUCCUUCCCUGGUUUUAUAUUAACCCAACUGGUAUAUUAAAUAUUAGUC